UACUAUGGUUGUUUAGCGAGAGCGCAUGCGCGCCAGCCUUUAGCGCAGUGUCAUGGCGUCCGGCGGUGAUCAACACAAAUCUAGCUAAGUAACGGGGUUUAAAGGAGGAGUUCGGGUCAGCGAUGUACAGUGGAAAGAAAAUAACCAAAGAAGACACUUGGAGACCUGACGAUUUAAUAAAGCACAUACGAAGCCAAGAGGAGGAGAGCAGCAGGAGGAGAGAGAGAUCACACCGAGACCCGGAGAGAGAGAGAAGGAAGCAGAGAGAGGAAAGCGGCAGGAGAGGAGGAGGAGAAACGAGGGAUGAGCGAGAGAAAGAGAGCAGGAAACAGAGAGAGAGAGAGCCAGGUGACACCCAGGACCGAGGAGACAGAGAGAGGCAGAGAGACCGGUAUAAGGACAGAGACAGAGAAAAAGAGAAAGAAAGAGACAGAUUGAGGGAGAGAGACAGGGAAAAAGAGAAGGAAAGAGAUAGAGAUGGAUUGAGGGAGAGGGCAAAAGAGAGAGACAGGGAAAAAGAGAAGGAAAGGGAAAAGAGGAAUAGGGAGAAAGAGAGAAAUAAGGAGAGCGAUAGGGAAAAGGACAGAGAGAGAGAAAAGAGGGACAGGGGAAAAGAUAGAGAGAGAGAAAAAAGGGACUGGGUGAAAGACAGAGAGAGAGAAAAGAGAGACAGGGAGAAAGACAGAGAACGAGAAAAGAAGGACAGGGAAAAAUAUGGAGACAGAGAAAAGAAGGACAGGGAAAAGGACAGAGAUAGAUUGAGAGAAAAAGAGAGAGAUAGAGCCAGGGAGGCAGUGAGAGAUAGAGGGGAAGAGAGGGAUAGGGAAAAAGACAGAGAGAGGGAGAGGAGGAGGGCAGAGCGAGAAAAUGAAAGAAGAAAAGAGAUGGUUCAUCUAGAUGUGGGGGACAAGUCACUGGAAAGAGAGAAAGAAAGGAAAGAGAGGCACAGAGAGAGGGAGCAUCGCCGUGGAGGUGAAGAACAGGGAAGAGAAUGGAGAGAGCAAGAAAGACGAGAGAAACACGGUCACAGACAGAACACGGGACAAACAGACACAGAGGAAAGAAGAGAGCAAAAGAGAAGAGAGAAGGAACAGCAUGUACAAUUCAACCAUCAGGACAGAGAGCUCGAGAUCGAGCGGAGACACAGACAUCAGAACGGAGAUGGAGCGAGGGAGAGAGAGGAAAGGGAUAAACGGAGAGAAAAGAGGCACGACGACUCGAGUCAGAGACACCGAGAGCAUGAGAGUGUACAGAGAAAAACCCUGCAGGAGGUACACACGCACACGCACACACACACAGUUCUGGAUUCUGACUGGUCAGAAGAGAAGAUGUGUUAUGUAUGUUCACAUGUAUCCGUGAGCAUGCAGGUAGAACACGACGUGACCGAGGACAACCGAGAAGAAGCAGUGGAUUAUGGGAAUGAAGAUUAUGAGGAUGAUUUUGAGGACUAUGAGGAAGACUUUGAGGAGUUUGAUGAGGAUAAAGAAGAAGAAGGAGAGGAGGAGGAAGAGGUGCAUGAAGAUGAACGGAGGGAAGUCAAGAGAGAGCUGAGUCCAUGCAGCAGACGGGAGGUGGAAGCCAUCCAGAGAGCCAUGGAGAAGGAGAACGAGCUUCUCAGCACUGCUCACUCCACCCAGGAGUCGGAGAUCUCCAUCACAGUGAGUGCUGAUUCAGAGAGCCGUUUAAGGAAUAGUCGAACGUACAGCAGAGUCAUCGACUUCACUGCAGCGAGGCAGAGAGAGAUAAACCAGCAAGCCUCAGAUAAACAAAGGAAACGCAGCUCUGAGCUCCUGCGCCUGAUCGAUCUGGACUUUUCCGUCACAGAGUGUCUCCUGGACUUGCCUCCGGUCCGAGAGUAUGACCUGUACAUCAGGAGCUACGGCAUGGCCAACACCAAGCAGGCCUACGUGCAGUGCAACGAGGAUUACAUGGAGCGAGACGCUCAGACGGACGAGACGGACGUGACGGACAAGUGGACACAACAUCCGCCGGAGAGCAGCACCGCGUGUGGAGGCCCACAGGUUUCCCAGAAUGCAUCGGACGAGACCGUUACCAAGACGACCGCGGACUCGAAGCAACUGGCUGCGUUUCUCCGUUCUGCCACACAGGUGAUGGCAGUGUUGCUGGAGGAAAACAUCGCUGAGAGCAACUCUGUGAAAAAACUUCAGUCCCAAACAUACACACAUUCCUUCAGUGACGGCUGUGUUCAACUCAACACCAAACUGAACUUACUACAAGGUCGACAGGUGACAUUGUUGCACUUCUCCCAGACUCAGACCCACACCUUGCUCUCCGUUCACGCCCUGCACUCCGGCUCCAUUGAUGCCACACUCGACAGUAAGACGCUGAUCUGUGUGUGGAACAUCUGGGAGCCGUCCACACCUCAGAGAAUCCUCAUCUAUGAAGCUGAGGUGCGGAGCUGCUGCUUCAGUCCUGGGAAAUCCAUGCUGGUGUUUGCUGGGACAGAUGUGGGCUCUGUGUUGGUGUGGGAUCUGAGAGAACAUUCUGGAUCCCACACACACACCAGAGUGUGUGAGGAGGAGUGGACGCUGCGUCACCCAACCUUCUCCACAGAUGCUGUGCUGUCAGGGGCGGGGCAUUUCUCCCCUGUAGUAUCCAUUGAGCCUGUCCUGGUCAAUGUGGGGGCGGGGCUUAGAGAUCCACUGCUACCGGAUCAGGAAGAGUCACUGGGUCUGUCCUUCCAGUUAGGGUCACUGGAUGAAAAUGGACUCCUGAAUCUUUGGGUUGUAGUCGAGUUACCCAGAGCUGAUGAUUCUGGAUCCCAAACAGAUCUGGGUCUGCGUCCAGGUGGUAAGGUGAAGCUCCUUCACAGUUCCUCUCUACAGACCAUCCCUCGAGUGGACAAGGGGGUCUUGGGGGUCACGUCUCACCUGAGCUUCGUCCUGAAAUUCCUACCUUCAGACUAUAACCACUACUUCAUCGGCAGUAACCUGGGUUUGGUCAGACACGGUACCAGACACGGACUCCGAGCCGUCCCCAAGCUCUACAGGCCUAAAGGUGGAGAGAAACCAGCAGAAGUCACAGCUCUAGAGUUCUGCCCCGCUGGAGAACCUUUCUUUCUGGUGGGCUGCAGUGAUGGUUCAGUGCGUCUUCAUGCGUUGGCGUGUGAUGAGGCGGUGUGUGAGUGGACAGUGGGUCCAGGUCAUGGUUCUGUCCAGUGCGUGCAGUUUUCCCCGACCCGAUGCUCCGUGUUCUGUGCGCUGGACUCUACAUCUGUCUUGCACAUCUGGGAUCUCACACAGAGAGAUGAGUCACCAAUCAUCACCCAGGACCUCCACACUGACCUAGUCUCGGCCAUGGCCGUGUUCGGCGACGCCUCCAAGCAGAACCCCUACUCCGGCAUCGCUAUGGCUAAACACUCAGGGAGGCUGGAGGUCCACUUCCUGCUGCCCUCGCUCACACUUCCUCAAGCCUCGGACAAGGAGAAACUCCACUUGCUGACCCGAGACACACUCUGAACACUAAACACACACACACACACACACACACAGACAUACACACUGUUACUCCUAAUUUACUCCAGAUUCAUCCAAACAUGUAAAUGAUGGUAGAUCAAACACUUUUAUACCUCAGGGGUAAAAGACAGACACCGUGAACUUUUUCCACUAUUUGUUUAUUUCCUAAAGGUCCAGGAGCAUUUGGUCAUGUAAAGGCUGUUUCUAUUUUUGUAUUAAAUAUGUUGUGUUAUUGUUGUGUUUUAUUACAUGAUUUAAUCUGCUAAUGGUUUACUGAAUUCUAUAUUUAUAUAUAAAAGGACACAUUUAGACA